AUGCCCCGCGAGGAAUACCAAGUCCCUACCACCGGGAGCACCGCCGUCCGCGGCAACACCCGCGAAGACCACAGCUCCCGCUCCGUCAUGACCUACAUCUGCGGCGACUGCGGAUCGAACGUUUCCCUGGGCAAAGAUGCGCUGGUUGCGUGCCCUCACUGCGCGGGGAGGGUGCUGUACAAGGAGAGAACAAAGCGAAUGGUGCAGUUUGAAGCCCGAUAA